AGUUUAAGUUUGGUGUGUGGUUGAGUUUGGUGUGCAGUGAUAAGAUUUUUCAUGAUGGCCUGCUGUCCCUGGAGGAGGACUGAAUCACUUUUCAUUGGUCGGACUUGAAAGAGUCAUAACUGCGAGCACUUAAAUGGUGUAGGACUCAAGAUAAGGGUUGGAGAUGGAUAUUAAUUGCCUUCAAAGCAACGGCAAGGUCCGGAAGAGAGCGAAGCCAUCAUCGUGGAUGCGUCAGCGCAAGAGAAAGCUAUCAUGCGACCGUCUUCAGAGCUUCAAAUUCUUUUUGAUGCUCAGUAACUAGUUUGGAGAGCCUGAAAUUCUCUUUUAUACUCAGUGAUGUUAACUUAAUCUGUCACUAGAACGAUGGCUCAUUUUCAUUCCUGAGCUUCCGAAAGAGCUUAACAUUUUCGAGAUCCAACAUAAAUGGCUGAAGUAGCUUUGGUCGCCUUGCUAUAUCUGCUUCUGCUUUGCUAUGCGAAUGGGAUCAUUGCAUUAACAGAUGGAGAAAAUGCUGCUGCUCUGAGGGCACUCAAGUCAGAAUGGCAAAAUACACCUCCGAAUUGGAACGGUCCAGAUCCUUGCGGCACUAAUUGGGAAGGGGUUAUCUGCACCGACUCUAAAGUUACCUCACUGAGCCUCUCAACAAUGAAUCUUAAAGGAAGGCUGGCUAGCGAUAUCGGUUGCUUAAGUGACCUCCGAUCACUAGACUUAUCCUACAACAAAGAGUUGACUGGACCGAUUCCAAAUUCCAUCGGCCAAUUGCUUCACCUGGAUACCUUGAUCAUGAUCGGCUGUGCCUUUACGGGAUCCAUCCCAGACGAGUUGGGCAGCUUGCUCAAUUUGACUUUUCUAGCUUUAAACUCAAAUAAAUUGAGUGGGGAAAUACCGGCGUCGAUUGGAAAUCUUAAUCAACUUUACUGGUUAGACAUCGCAGACAAUCAGAUUGGGGGGUCGCUUCCCGUGUCCACAGCUACUUCUCCCGGCUUAGACAAACUCACAGCAGCCAAACAUUUUCACUUUAAUAAAAAUCAUUUAGUGGGACAAAUACCGCCUGAAAUUUUCAACGAGGACAUGAAGCUGAUUCACGUACUGUUGGACAGCAAUCGUUUGACAGGCAAUAUCCCUGAGACUCUGGGUUUGGUCUCGACUUUGGAGGUUUUGAGGCUUGAUCGAAACUCUUUAGAAGGUUCUGUUCCACUGCUGACAAGUCUGACAAAAAUCAAUGAAUUGCAUCUCUCCAACAAUAAAUUGGAAGGUUCCCUGCCAGACUUAUUCGCUAUGAGGCACAGCCUAAAUUAUGUAGACCUCAGUAACAAUUCAUUUACAUAUUCAGUAGCUCCGGCUUGGCUGGCGAAAUUAGAAUCAUUGACAACGCUAGUGGUGGAAAACGGGGGAUUGGAAGGGCAAGUUCCCCCUGAUCUUUUUGGCUUGCCUCAACUUCAGACAGUAAGACUUCGACACAACUCUUUCAACAAUACUCUCAAGAUGGAUACCGAGAUAGGCCCUCAGCUUCAAUAUGUGGAUUUUGAGUACAAUGAGAUCCAAAAUGUCGCCGUGGGAGAAAAUUACAAUAGAAUUCUGUUGCUGUUGGGGAACCCAGCUUGUGAGGCGGGUAGUUUCUUGUCAAGCAAUAAAAUAUGCAAACCCGCGCCAACUGAUGCUUCAUACAAGACUUCUUUAUCCAAGUGUGGCACAAAAUCAUGCCACGGUCAUGAUCAGAAACUCAACCCUGCCACUUGUGCAUGUCAAGUGCCAUUAACGGGUGAAUUAAUUUUCAGGUCGCCAUCGUUCUCAGACUUAUCAAAUGCAUCAAGGUUCCAGCAGCUAGAGGCUUCGAUAUGGCGCAAUCUCAGCCUUCCUGCAGGUUAUGUCUUCAUUUGCUGCCUUCGUUUUGAUGAAAACAAUUAUCUCAACAUGCAAUUGCAAAUUUUCCCACCAGACGGAAAACACUUCAAGCGAACAGACAUUCAGCGGAUUGGUUUUGCUCUAAGCAAGCAAACAUACAAACCGCCUCAUGAAUUUGGGCCCUUCUUCUUUAUAGCCGAUACAUACAUUUUUCCUGGGGAGGGAAAUCUGAACAGCUUAAGUUUAGGCGCAAUUGUGGGCAUAGCAGUUGCAAGUGCACUCGUGAUCUUAUUAAUUUUUGGUGUGACCAUUUAUGCCUUGAAGCAAAAGAGGAGAGCUGAAAAGGCACUUGAAUUCAGCAAACCCUUUGCUUCGUGGGGAGCAAGCGGUGGGGAAAGCGGAGCCCCGAAAUUGAAAGGCGCCAGAUGGUUCUCAUUUCAAGAGCUGAAAAUGGCGAGCAAUAAUUUUUCUGAGGCUAAUGUGAUUGGCUCAGGAGGCUAUGGAAAGGUGUACAAAGGAAUUUUGACUGCUCUAGGUGGAAGUGAAAUAGUGGCCAUCAAAAGAGCGCAGCAAGGUUCUAUGCAAGGUGGUACCGAAUUCAAGAAUGAGAUUGAGCUACUUUCUCGGGUUCAUCACAAGAACUUGGUGGGGCUCAUUGGUUUCUGCUUUGAGCAAGGAGAGCAGAUGCUUGUUUACGAGUACAUGUCAAAUGGCACACUCAGAGACAGUCUGUCAGGGAGAACUGGUAUUUAUAUAGAUUGGAGGAGGAGGGUUCGCAUUGCCCUAGGUUCAGCUAAGGGAUUGAGCUACCUUCACGAGCAUGCGAAUCCGCCCAUCAUACACAGAGACGUGAAAUCAACCAACAUCUUGUUGGAUGGAAACCUGACCGCCAAGGUAGCAGACUUUGGACUGUCGAAAUUAGUUGCGGAUGGAGGUAUCGAUGGAGGGGGCAAAGGCCAUGUCUCCACCCAAGUAAAAGGAACACUUGGGUAUCUGGAUCCAGAGUACUACAUGACACAGCAAUUGAGUGAAAAGAGCGACGUGUACAGUUUCGGUGUUGUGUUAAUGGAAAUCUUAACAGCACGGCAGCCGAUCGAGCGAGGAAAAUACAUAGUCCGUGAAGUGAAAGGCGCAUUAGAGACGGAAGGAAUGAAUGGUGUUAAGGAGCUGCUAGAUCCUCUGCUCAUCCAGCUUAGAGACUUGGAUGCCGAUUCUUAUGCCAGCCUUCCAGGCCUUGAAAGCUUUGUGAAUGUAGCAGUGCAAUGCGUGGAGGAAGCGGCUGCGGAUAGGCCGACCAUGAGUGAAGUGGUGAAGGAACUGGAAGCCAUUGUGGCCAGCGAUAAAGUUGGCUAUGGCCACGACAAUUCGUCAUCAUCAGUAGCAAGUGACGCUCAUCCUUAUGCGGCCCUGCUUAAAAAGGGAGGAGCGAGCAGAGGCGGAGGCUCCUUUGAUUACAGUGGUGGAUUCAGUGUGCCUUCCACCGUGGAGCCCAAGUGAAUUUCAAAUCAUUCUUUUUGUAAUCAUUCCUUAUCUGAUGUAUACUUAUCGGAGUCCCCACAAACAUUGAUUUCCCAAAACAAACAAGGAUGCCCUCUCGUAUGCCAUAUGUCACAGAAGAGCGCAAGUACAAUUGUAAUAUGUAACAUGUAUGUUUCAGUCGUCAAGAAGUUCCAAGAUCUUUUUCUUA